UUUUAACCUGUCAUUUGUCAAAAGACAGUAAACGUCACCUGAUCAUAACAAUCGCAUGAGAAUGAAAGUGAAAACGCCCAUAAAUGGGCAAAUGGAAAAUUAUUUUAAAAGUUAAAAUGUAAUUUUUCAGUUUUAAAGGAUCAAGUCAGAGAUUUAUUCAUUAUUCUGGUUAAGAUAAAAGUAUGCGAUAUGUAAAUAUAAUGAAACAACAUGAAACAAUGAAUGUUAAAUAUGGAGUACCUGUUCUAUUCAUCAGCUGUGGAAUUUUUGUAUUAUUAUUAAAUAUCCUAGGAAAUCGUACAAGUUUUAAGGAACCAAAACCAUUUCACAGAAAUGUCUCGAGAAAAGAAGUUUCCAAAGGACUUUUGGAUCUCAGAAACUUUACCUACGUAAUUUCACCGAAAUGUAAAGUCGUCAAUUUAAUUUGGAUUGUCACCUCCUAUGCGGGCGAUAUUUCCGAAAGAAGCGCCCUUCGUCGUGCCUAUAACACCCAAGAACUCGAACAAUUAGGAAUUCAAAGAAUUUUUCUACUUGGUAAAUUAGACCAAAAUUCAGAGAGAAAAUCACAAAUAUCACAAGCCGCAAUUGAAGAUGAAUCAAGAAAAUUUCAAGACAUACUGCAAGGCAAUUUUUUCGAGGCUUACAGAAAUUUGACCUAUAAACAUUUAAUGGGAUUAAAAUGGAUUGUCGAGAGUUGUGACGAAAUUUCCUAUAUUAUGAAAAUGGACGAUGACAUUGUUAUUAAUUUAUAUGAAAUUCUAAAUGUGAUGAAAGAGAAGAAUAUCAAUAAUUCAAUAGCAGGAUAUGUUCUUGAUAAUAUGAAACCAAAACGAGAGCCAGCUAAUAAAUGGUACGUCACCCAAGAGGAAUUUGAACCAGAAUUUUAUCCAAAAUUCAUCUCUGGUUGGCUGUACGUAACAAGUUAUCCGGUGGUUGUGAAAUUAAUAGAAAAUUUGCAAUUUUCAUCGAAAUAUUUCUGGAUUGACGACGUUUUUGUCACAGGAUUGUUGAGAGAAGAGACUGACAUUGAAUUGAUCGAUAUGCGAAAUAUAUUUACCACUGAUUUUGGUUUUUUGAAAUGUUGCAUUAAAAAUGGAAGAAGAGGAUUUAAAUGUGAAUUUGCCGUUGGUCCAAAUGGCGGUGAUGCGGAAUUGCAAAUUCGUUUUCAAGAAUUUAGCAAAGUUUGUCAAUCGAAGUGCAAACAGAAGUCAAUUAAAAAGUCAUGUGUUCUUGCCUAUAAAGAGAAAAAUCUAGGAGAAGGCAGUGCCCAAAUCCGUCCUAUAAAUAUUUUUUAAUUUAUUCUUAUUAUAAUAUAUUGUUUUAUUUUAUUUACAAUUUAUCGUUUGUUUAAAAAUAGAAAUGUUUAUAUAUGCUUUAUUACUUCGUUGAAUAGAUUAUUUGUUGAUAUAGGAAUUAUUUUAACAUUUAACAAAGAAUACAUUUUUGUGUAUUCAAAAAAGUAAUUUUUUCUACAUUAGGAAAAUUAAUUACAGAUAUAUUAAUAGAUUCUAUUAUUAAAUGUUAAUGUGUUUAGAAACAAAGAAAGAAAAAAUGUUUUUUUUUCUAUAUCGGAAUAGUUACCUAAUGCUUGCCAUUUAAUUAUGUAUUGCAUUAUAAAAAUUUAAAGAGGUGUUUUAUACCUGUUUUGUUACCAUUUUUUACAAAAAUAACGAAAUAAAUUUUAUUUACAAUAAAAAA